AGCACUUGGGACGCACACGCAAGCCUGCUGUCUUGAUGGUGUCGUGUGUGACAGCUGCAGCGGUAAUUUUCAAGGCUCGACGGGAAAAAAGUUGUGACUGUGACGAAAAAGGAUAUUUGACCAAAAUCGUACUUUUUUCAAAGAGCAGCUGAGUGAGGCUUGCACCAUUUCUCAUCUCCCCUGAGAGAACCUAUUUGUUUGAAGUCCGCCUCGAAUUGUUCGAAGAGGAAAAGGAAAAGGGGCUUAAAUAACACCGAGAAAAAGAAACUCAAACUUUGUUUUAAGUUUAUAACAAGAAAGGAGCUUACACCGCUGCCUCCUAUGGUACUCCAACAUAAGUCUUCUAAGCAAAUUAACUAGUUCCCUGAAGAGCUGUUUCCUUUUCGAUACGCUGCUUGUAAUUGUCUCUCUGCUCACAGGAGCAAAAAAAACAAAAGAUGGCGGAAAGCGAUAUCCAAAUCACUUUCGAUGAGAAGAACCAUAUCCGGGUCCUUGACCCGGAGAAGUUCAAAGAAAUGGACCAACUGGCUUCCAGUGCUGCAGAAUUUCAGAGUCAGAUUUUAUGGUGAUACUAGUACCAUAGCUCCGAAGUAGAACUUCAUCACACUGGGCCCCGCCCCUCAAUAUACAGAUGCUACUACUAGCUAGGCUUGCUACCUACCAACAGUUAUCCAUCCAUUAAACUUUUGAAGAAUUGGAGGCUGCGCGAAGUUUUGAUUAUUCAACUAGGUAAGCGGGGUUCUCAAUGUUCAAUCAUCAAAGCGUCCUGGGUGCGAGGGACCAUCUAGAGCUCUAAGAAUCGCAUCCUUCCAGAAUACGGUCCAGACCUUGGUCGAGGUACUCGAUACGCAAGCAAAACGUAUCGAGUUCGAAAAACUCAGGUAGUACCUAUUACCUUGAGGUAGUCUGCACUGAAUUUUGUGUAAUUUUCCCUGCCUUUGCUCCUAGGCUUGACCAUUUUGGAAUCGUAGGGGCAGUAGCGUAGUUUGUUAAGGAGAUUAAGAACUCCCCCCUACGCCGGUAGCUACGCGGAAAAUGCGCAGGUAGGUUUUGACUUAUCGGAACUCGCUUGCAAAAUACGCAGGUAGGUUUUGAUUUAUCGGAACUCGCUCACGAUACAAAAAAAAAAAGCGAGAACAAUUGUAUUGUAUUGUACUGCUUCUCAGCAAUUAAUUAAACAUUACACCUCUCGAAUGGGUACACUACUACUACUACUACGUACUACCACAGGGCGAUUGGCCAGAGAAACAUGGCGGAGAUGGAGAGUGAAAAUCGACGAAGGAAACAGCAGCAGAUGCGUGCACUGAUCGCAAGCAAGGAAGCUGAGCUGGCCAGACUACAGACGCACUACUUGAGUCUAGAAAAAGUCGAACGGGAACAAAAGGCUAUGAUCGACCGCUUGAGUAACAAUGAUGGCUGAUUGUUGAAAGGUGUUGGGCUUGGUGAGGAUGUUGUUGUAGUAUGCAGUAGGAUGCUUUAUGUACGGCUUUCUUGGUUUGGUCAUAAAGGGUUGAAAUUGAGAACUCCUUGUUGUUGCUAGCAAGGUGGAAUCGUAGGACAGGGAGAUGGAACAAAGCAUGGAACUGUUGCUUCAUAU